UCAGACAGAACUAACGAGGUAGUUUCCCUUAAAAAAAAAAAAAAGUUAAAAACCCUAAAGACAACAAUUUUAAUUCCAUUUCUCAUUUCUCAUUUGCGCAACGUCGGAGAGAGAGCAGCUGCAUCACACAUUUCUCGGUCGCCUCUCCUUCUCUCUCUCUCUCUCCUGCGACCAUCGAAACCCUAAUCUCUCUCUCUCUCUCUAACUCUCAUCCUCCCAUGGCGGCGAACAACAACAGAUCCGAUCAAGAAUCAGACGAAAACACACGUCUCUACAACCCUUACCAAAACUUCGAGGUCCCAAUAAAAUCUCAGUACCUCUACAAGCUCCCCACCUCCCCCGAGUACCUCUUCAGGGAGGAGUCCUUAAAGCAGCGCCGCUCCUGGGGCGAGAAUCUCACCUUCUACACCGGAACCGCUUACCUCGGCGGCUCCGUCUCCGGCGCCACCGUCGGGGUCUUCACCGGCAUCAAGAACUUCGAAACCGGCGACACGACGAAGCUCAAGAUCAACAGGAUCUUGAACUCGUCUGGUCACACGGGUCGAACGUGGGGUAACAGGAUCGGGAUCAUCGGGUUGAUGUACGCAGGGAUCGAGAGCGGCGUCGUGGCUGCGAUGGAUAGGGAUGAUGUUUGGACGAGCGUGGUGGCGGGUCUUGGAACCGGAGCGGUUUUUAGGGCGGCGCGUGGGGUGAGAUCUGCGGCGGUGGCGGGAGCUCUCGGUGGGUUGGCGGCUGGGGCUGUGGUUGCAGGGAAGCAAGUUGUGAAGCGGUAUGUGCCCAUAUGAUGAAGAGUGUGUCUAAUUGGGAAGACUCUCUGUCUUCUCGUUUGUUUGAAAUUUUUGAUAGAUUUGAUUAGGUUUUUCGUUUGGAAUCAUAAAGAUGAAAACUUUUUUUCAUUUGGGUUCUUAAGGUGUAUGAGUCUGUAUGUCAUUUUGAUGAAUAAAUCUGCAAACUUUUUUAUAUACUGAUGAAAUGGUAUAUUCAUUUGCCAUGA